AUGGGUGCUACAUUAGGUAAAAGCAAAAGUGGAUUGAUAUCAGAAAAAACAAAUGAACAAGAGAAAUCAGUGACCACAACUUCAAAUAAUCAUAUCGAUGGUACAUCAACACUUGAAAAAAUGUUUAAAAAGAAGACAGAAAGAAAUUCGGAUAAAAAAUCAUCACAUGCAAAGGUAGAUAAAUAUACAAGUACAGACGGUGGUAUAAUAUCAUCGUCAUCAUCAUGUAUUAAACAACUCGUUGGUGACUCUAAAUGUAAUAAUGUUUCGUAUGAUGUUCACAGUGUCGAAAUGGAUUCAACUUAUCAAUCUGAAACACCAAGCAAAGAUAUACUAGAAUUUCGUGAUGCUUGUGUUCGACGUGGUAUCAUUUCUUCAGAAACGAAUAAUUUCCUUUUACUAGCAUCAAAAGAACAAAAUUAUCAAGCAAAUAUAGUCGAUGAAUCGACAAAUGAAACUUCAACAGCAAUCAUUACGAAUAAUGAACUAGUUAAAAAUGACCAACAACAAGUUGAAUCGUAA